AUGGGAAAUUCCAAUGUUAUUAGUGAAACAAGAUUUCCACCUGAACCAACUACGAUAUCAAUAACAAUAACUACUACAACGACAACAACAGCAACAACAACAAUUUGUCCUGCUGGAUACGUUCCAACACCAUCAGGAACAUGUGUUAAUACACAACUUGAUUUUCAUAAUUGUGGAUCCGUCGGUUAUGUUUGUCCAUCUACUAAUAGUAGUUGUUCAGGUGGCACAUGUAUAACGCGAAGGGUUCGACUCGUUGGUGCUGUUGCAGUUUCUGCUUUGACAGGUUCUAAUUUCGAUGAUUCAUUAGGAACAAUUACUCUUCCACUUAGCAUUACACUCUAUAGUUAUUCAAGUAAUAGUAUCACUGUGACAAGUAAUGGAGUUCUUUGUCUUGGUAGCUGCAGUACUUCCUAUUCGAGUAGUAGUCUUCCCAGUGCAAAUUUUGCUGGUCCAACAGUUUUUGGACUUUGGGCUGAUCUAUACAUUUUUGCCGGUACAAUUCAAGGAAUUUAUUACGGUGUCACUGGGUCAGCACCUAAUCGAAUAACAACUUUCGAAUUUAUGGAAAGUAUUAUUUCAGAUCCAUCAACCAAUAAUCAAUUUCAAAUUAUUUUUUAUGAAAAUUUAACGAAUAUUGUUAAAUGUUUUUAUAUUGAAACGAACUCUGGAACCCGUGUACCAACUGUAGGUGUGCAACAAUCGGCAACUGGGCCACAGAUAACUUAUUCAGCGGGUCAAUCAAAUCCAGUGGCAGCUAACACAAUAAUCACAUAUAACACAAAUACUGGAACAUAUACUUUAUAG